AUGACAGCCUCCUUGGUUCUAAACCCACGCUGGCCAGCGGAAACGGUGAUGUUUGUGUAUGACAACAACCUGGACGACCUGAACAAGAACAUGGAGGGGCUGGUGGGCAGCAGCAACUUCGCCGCUAGCCAGUGCCGCAACAUCAUGGCGCACUCGGCUUCCGCCGCUGCUCUGGGCGGCCAUGCGUCCAGCCUGGUGCACUCCUCGGCGGGUUACGCUGCGAUGGACGUGUCUGCUUCGGGCUCCGACACAGUUGGGUCUUCGGGGAAGCAGUGCGCGGCCGGGCCGCACCAGAGCUCCUCAGCCGCCACCGGGUUGCCGUACAGCUACUUCGGUAACGGCUACUAUCCGUGCAGGAUGGGGCGGGGUUCAGUGAAGUCAUGCACUCAGGCGGCGGGAGCCGCACUCAGCUCGCAGUAUAUGGACACCACGGUGAACUCGAAUGAGUACACGAACCACCGGGCCAAGGAGUUCGCCUUUUACCACGGCUACCCGAGCCCGUACCAGUCCAUGGCGAGCUACCUGGACGUGUCGGUGGUCCAAACGCUGGGCGCCGGAGAGCCGCGCCAUGACACCCUGCUCCCCAUGGACAGCUACCAGCCCUGGGCACUAACCAACGGCUGGGGGGGACAGAUGUACUGCUCCAAGGACCAGGGACAGGCUGGACACCUCUGGAAGUCCGCUCUGGCUG